CGGAUCAUGUGAUCAACCGUGGAGGACUAAAGGAAAGGAGUCGUUGUCACUACCUAUCAGCUGUCUCUUUCACCCUGAAGAUCCCAGACUAGGAAGACUAAAAUGUGUACCAGCGUCCAGCCUGUUGAAUGGACUACCGACCUCAAGAACCAGAAUUUUGAUGGCAUCGUGUUGGUGACCCGGAACCAUGAGACUCUGCCCUCCGAGCUCGAGUGUCUGAAAGCACCGCUGCAGGACUACAGCUCUGUGGACAGCAGUCUGGGGGAGGAGGUGGUCAUCCUGAAGGUCCCUGGUCUCCCUGGUAACCGCCUGGUGUUUGCCUCUACCGGCCCGGUGAACCGUGACUACGAUGACGUCAGGCGCUUCAGUGAUGCAGCCGUAAACGGCAUCAAAAGGGCCUUGAAGGCCGGCAUGCAGCGUCCCCUGCUGGUCUGCCCUCCACACAAGGACUAUAAGAACAGCAGCGUGGUGGCUGCACUCGGGGCCCUUCAUGCUCUUUACAUGCCCCUGGAAGUGAGGGAGGGGAAUGUAAAACCGACCGACUACAAGGCGUGUGUUCUGGGUCUGUGGGCAGCACAGGAGGCUCAGGGACUGAGGCUGGUGGAGCUAGCCGAUGCUCUGGAGAGCGGGAGACUGGCAUGUCGUGACAUUGGUGGCUCAGACCCUGAACGUAUGGCCGCUCCUCGUGUGGCCGAUUACGUACAGGAACUCUUUAAGGACAGCCCUGUGAAGGUCGAAGUGGUGAGCAGCGUGAAGCUUCUGGAGAAAGAGUAUCCCUGUCUGGCUGCAGUCAACCGCUGUGCCGACAGUGUACCUCGUCACCAGGCCAGAGUUAUAAAGCUGCAGUACUGCGGAGAGGGACCGGUCCAAAAGACCCUCAUGUUGGUGGGAAAGGGCAUCACGUACGACACUGGCGGAGCCGACAUCAAGGCUGGUGGUUUCAUGGCGGGGAUGCACCGGGACAAGUGUGGAGCUGCUGCUGUGGCCGGCUUCUUCCAGAUUUUAGCCAAGCUGAAGCCAAAACAUCUAAAGGUUGUCGGCUCCAUGGCCAUGGUGAGGAACAGUGUCGGUGCAGACUGCUAUGUGGCCGAUGAGCUGGUGGUUUCCCGUGCGGGUCGCAGAGUGAGAGUGGGAAACACGGACGCUGAGGGACGCAUGGUGAUGGUCGACCUGCUCUGUGAGAUGAAGGAGAAGGCGGUACGUGAGACUUCUCCUCAGCUGUUUACUAUUGCAACUCUGACUGGUCACGCCAUCAGAGCCAUGGGACCCAACUACUCUAUCAUCAUGGAUAAUGGACCUGCUCAUCGCAGCCAAAAUGCUGCUCAGUGGCAGAAAGCUGGAGAGGCGUUAGGCGACGUGUUCGAGGUGUCCAGUAUCAGACGAGAAGACUACGACUUCCACAAGGGAAAGUCUGAGUACGAGGAUAUUCUGCAGUGCAACAACCUGCCGUCCACCGCCACACCUCGAGGACAUCAGACCCCCGCAGCUUUCCUAAUCAUGGCCUCCGGGCUCGACAAGCACGGCGUGGAUUCUAACAAACCUCUGCCGUACUCCCACAUCGACAUCGCCGGGUCCAGCGGUCCUUUCCCCGGUGUCCCAACAGGAGCCCCCAUCCUCGCCAUGGCAACCCACUAUAUCCUGUCUGAUAGUCUCUAAACAAACGGCCCCGGUAUAAAAAGACCACGUUGUCUACACUCCAUGCCAACACAAGUUUGGAAGCCGUCAAAGUAUAAAUGAAAUCUCUGCCACAACACUUAAUGUAAUCCACGUCUAACAUUCCUCAAUACCUCAGAUUGCUUUUUCUGCAAAAAUGUUCUUUGCGCUCUUUUCUAAGAUCUUGUGACGUUUGUCCCGCCAACACUAAUGACCCUGCUCUUCAGUGGCCUGAGUCAACAUGUACUGUAAAUGGCAGUAUAAAAAUACCAUCCUUUUUUUAGAUGCGUGUCUGUAUGUGUGCGACAAACCGGGGACAUGGUUGUGUGAUGAGUGAUGCUGUGUGAGUCAAACCUCCAUUAAUCAAUAAAACUAAAUUUGAAUUUUAAA